AUGCUGCAUUGUGAAGGAGACACUGACAUAGAAGAUUUAUUUGUCAAUGAGGACAAUGCAACUGAACCAGAAGCAUUUGCUGAACCUGAACCUGAGGCUUCAGAGGUGACAGUGCAUAAGAAAAAGAAGAAGGCAGGUAAAAGAGGUCCAGGCCCCACAACAAGAAGCCAUUCAGCUGUGCAGAUUGAUGAGACUCCAGACAUCAUACCAUCUGGAGAUGAAGAUGAUUCUGCAGGUUUUCUGAAGGAGGAAGAAGAUGAUGGCUUUGAACCACUGUCAAUGGUGCCCCCAAAGGGAAGGAAGAGUAGAAGAAAGAAACUAGCAGAGAGGAAAUGGUAUGAUGAGAAGAUGCUGCUGACAGCCUCAGAGAUCAAAGGUGAGAAGACAUUUGUGAUAAGAAAGAUGAAGCUCAGGCAUACAUGUCCUACAACCACUGACAGUACUAGGGUCAGUGCAAAAUGGUUAGCAGCAAAGUAUGAAAGCUUGUUCAGAUCAGAUCCAAACACAACCAUUCAAACAAUAAUAGAUAGUGCCAUGCAACAUUUUGGUGUGGAAGUCCCAAAGAUGAUGGCCUACAGGGCAAAGUGGCUUGCAAUUGAUGCUGUUCUUGGUGAUCACAGAGAACAAUAUGUUAGGCUCAGAGACUUUGCACAAACAGUUGUUGAUACUAACCCUGGAAGUAGGGUUAUAGUCACUACUAUUACAUCAGCUCCUUCUUUGGAUAACCCUAAUCCUGGCCCCACAUUCCAUGGUUUAUUUUUCUGCAUCAAUGGAGCUAGAGAGGGCUUUCUGAAAGGCUGCAGGCCAUUCAUUGGGUUGGAUGGGUGCUUUAUCAAACUAUGCACUGGUGCUCAAAUAUUGGCUGCAACUGGCAGGGAUGGAAACAACAAUAUGUAUCCAAUAGCAUUUGCUGUGGUGCCUAAAGAGGAUACAACAAACUGGUGCUGGUUUUUGACCCAGCUAAAGUAUGCUUUAGGUGGUGAAUCAGGGCAGUUUGGCCAUUACACUAUCAUGUAUGACAGGCAAAAGGGACUUCUUAAGGCUAUCAGUACAGUGUUUCCAAACUGCCCUCAGAGAUUUUGCUUAAGGCACAUAUAUGCCAAUUUCCAAACUGCUGGGUUUAGAGGUGAAGAUCUCAAGAAAUGCAUGGAUGCAGCUGCCUAUGCUUACCACAAGGAUCACUUUGACAUUGCAAUGGAAAAUCUGAAGAAAGAGAGUGAGGAAGCCUGGACAUGGCUGAGCAAAAUUCCAGUCCACACUUGGUCCAGACAUGCUUUUGACACCAACUGCAAGACAGACUUGGUGGUCAACAACCUCAGUGAAGUAUUUAAUAGAUACAUCCUGGAUGUGAGGAAGAAACCAAUCAGGACCAUGAUUGAAGGCAUAAAGAACAAGAUGAUGACUAGGAAUCAUGAAAAAAGGGUAGGUGCAGCUACAGCAGGUUGGGAAAUCACUCCUCACUUCACAGAAAUGUUAGAGCUGUCAAAGAAAUACUCUAGGUUUUGCACUCCAAGGAUUGCAGAUAUUGGGUUGUGGCAAGUGACCAACAGAAAGGGUGAUGCAACACAUGCUGUCAACCUGGAGGCAAGGACAUGUGGUUGUAGGAAAUGGGAUGUGACAGGUAUGCCUUGCAACCAUGCUGUCAGUGCUAUCAUCAAGGCCAAGCAAACUCCAGAGGAUUAUGUGAGCAACUUUUUCAAGAAAGAAAUGUAUGCUGAAGCUUUCAAGCCAGUGAUUUACCUAGUGCAUGGGCAACAUGAUUGGACCAAGACAAACACUCCUAACAUCAUUCCCCCACAAUUCUACAUUACCAAAGGAAGGAACCAAGAGAAGAGAAGGAAGGGGAAGUUUGAGGUGCCAAAGCCCAAAGAAAAUUCAAGGAUGGGGACCAUUACUUGCUCCAAUUGCAAGCUGCAAGGCCACAAAUACACCAGCUGCACACAGGCUUUGAGGCCAGACCUGCUGAUCAGAAAGAACAACCUGCAGCAGCAACUCCAGAGCCAAGUCCAAGUCAACAGCCUGCUCCACAGCCAGGUCCAAGGCAUGAUCCUGCUCCACAGACAAGUCCAAGGGAAUAACAAGCUCCACAGGCAGGUCCAAGGCAACAGCAAGCUCCACAGGCUGGCCCAAGGCAACAACAAGCUCCACAGGCUGGUCCAAGGCAACAGCAAGCUGGUCCAAGGCAACAAUCUUUUGUCCCACCAAGAACAGCAGCAGAAGAUGAUGGAAAGGAGGUCCAGCAUUCAAAAGGACCAGGACCUAGGGCUACUUCAACUGUGGCUAUGUUGGAGAUCAUGGGGGAGAAGGAUCUUCCAACAACUAAAUGAAGUUGGAUCCUUAUACAUCUUUGUUGUAAUGGACCAGAAGUAG